GAUUUCGGAGACUCUGUGAUGAAAUCAGUAAAUGAUUUGAAGAUUCUACCACCUAGCUUAUGCUCUCUUCCUCAGCAAUGUAUUUUAUGUAAGAUAGUUAAUCUACCAUCAACUGUUGGAUCAAGCGGUCUGGAAAAACUGAUCAAUAAAAGGGUUGAAGUUAAACUGAAUGGAAAGGAAGAUGGAGUGUAUCCAACAUAUGGGACAGAAAUAACAGACAGACAAAUUUUAGAACAGUAUCAAGAACCUCAGGGGUCCCGUCCAGCAGUAUUUAAAGGCGCAAGUAGUAGGACAUUUGGAAGACCACAGAAAGACGAAACUUCAUCUGUACAAAGGGAAAUGAAAGGGAGGAAGUCUUCUGGAAAUGCUUACACUCAACAAGAAGUUGUAGUCAAUUCAACACAAGAGGUUAUGGUUACAUAUGUGAAGAGCCCAAAUAACUUUCAGGUUGUCCUGGAGAAGAUGACUGCAAGUCUGGACUAUGUGAUGGAUCAGCUGCAUGAGUACUAUGAUAAACUGCCACCAGGCUCAAACAAGUUGGUGAAUCCUACUCUUGGUCAGGCUUGUGUUGCCCAGUUCACAGAUGAUAAAGGCUGGUACAGAGCCCUUGUUACAGGUUUGAUGGCUGAUGGGCAAGCAGAGGUUAUGUAUGUUGAUUAUGGUAACAAUGAAUAUACGGAAAAAGAUGCUCUGAAGGAAAUACAACAACAGUUUAUGUCACUUCCUGCACAAGCUGUCCAAUGCCGUCUCUCAGGUGUGUCAUCAUCACAGGGCUUUUGGUCCCCGGAACACAUUGUACAAUUCACAGAAAUGGUUGAGGAACAAUCGUUUAUGGCAACAUUUAAAGCUGAGCUUCAUGAACAGGGACAAACUAUGUAUAAAGUGGAACUUGUUGACAAGAAAGGCAAUAAUAUAAACCAGAAAUUUGGGACAAUGACUGGCACAACCUGUUCUGAGGAAGACAGUGGUCCCUGUUCCAGAUCAGUCUCUGCUGGAAAAUUCGGACAGUCCAUCAAAGUCACGGUUGCUGGAGGCGAGGAAGAUUCUAAUUGGGAAGAUGGUGGAAACUCUGGUUUUGGUGGCAAAGCCAGAUCUUUUGGUUCAGGCAGGCAGCCAAGUGGUGGAUCUAGUGGGUUUGGAUCGAGGUCUAGUGGUUUCGGGAAUAAACAGAGUUCAGGCGGAAGGGAUGGUGGCUGGGAUGAUAAUGACACUGGUGGAUCAUCAUCUGGUUUUGGGAGCAAAAAACCAUUUGGAAGUAGUGGUGGAGAUGGAUUUGGGAGCAACGGUGGGGGUGGAAGUGGAUUUGGAAGCAGUGGUAGGGGAGGAGGUGGCUUUGGAAGCAGUGGUGGUGGAGGUGGCUUUGGAAGCAGUGGUGGUGGAGGUGGAUUUGGGAGCAGUAGUGGGGGCAGUGGAUUUGGGAAGUCUAGUGGUUUUGGAUCCAGUGCAGGUGGUGGUGGAGGUAAAGAUUGUUUCAAAUGUGGAGAAUCUGGACACUUCUCGAGAGAAUGCCCGAAUGCCGCAAAAGGUGGUGGCAGAGAUUGUUAUAAAUGUGGAGAGAGUGGACACAUGGCUAGAGAUUGUACUAACCCACCUAAAGGUGGUGGCGGAGGCAGAGACUGUUUCAAGUGUGGAGAAUCUGGACAUAUGGCAAGAGAUUGUACAAAUCCACCAAAAGCUGGUGGAGGUGGUGGUGGCAGAGAAUGUUAUAAAUGUGGAGAAAGUGGACACAUGGCUAGAGAUUGUACUAACCCACCUAAAGCUGGUGGAGGUGGUGGUGGCAGAGAUUGUUAUAAAUGUGGAGAGAGUGGACACAUGGCUAGAGAUUGUACUAACCCACCUAAAGCUGGUGGAGGUGGUGGUGGCAGAGAUUGUUAUAAAUGUGGAGAAAGUGGACACAUGGCUAGAGAUUGUACUAACCCACCUAAAGGGAAAAAAAAAUAUUGCGGGAAACCCAUGUUUGAAAAAGGACUUUUAAAAAAGAGUUUAGAACAUCGCCAGUUUAAGCAGCAGAUUGUUAAGAACCCAUAUCCACUAGCUUGUAUACAGGCUGGACAGGAAAUUGAUGUAUAUAUAUCAUGGAUCGAAAACCCUGCAAUGUUCUGGAUUCAACCAGUCAGUAAAGAAAACGAAUUGACAGAGUUUGUGGAAAAAGUACAGGAGCUGUAUACAAGUGGUGCUGGAACAGGUAUGAAUGUAGACUCCAUUAUUACGGGACAAGCUGUUGUUGCCCAAUUCUCUGAAGAUGAAGCAUGGUACAGAGGUUAUAUUGAGAAUGUUUCAGCUGGUCAAUUUAAAGUUCGCUUUACUGACUAUGGUAACUCUGAUGUGGUUGGGAAAGAGGCAAUACGUGGUCUUUCAGAUGAACUUUUGAAGGAAAGUUCUUAUGCAGCGCAAUGUAAGCUUGUUGGAGUAAGACCAUUACAAGCUGGACAGUGGACUGCUGAUGCUAGGGAUAUUAUGGAUGGAUUGGUGAAAGAUGAGGUAGUGAAAUGUAAAGUGGUAGAUAUAUCGAAUGGAUGUGCAGCAGUUGAAUUAGUAUCAAAAGAACUAGAUGUUGCACAAGAGCUGAUUCAAACAGCUGUUGUUAGAGGGAUAAAAGAGAGUUCACCAAAUGUUAAAGCUGGAUCAUCAAAGUCAUCUGUAGGUAUUCUCACAUAUAGCAAUGAAAUGCUGCUUAGUGUUGGUACAACAGAAGGUGUGUUUAUUUCAUACACUGACUCUGUGGCAAGUUUUUGGUGCCAGCCUGCUAGAUCUGCAGUUCAGUUAGAAGAUUUAAUGGCUCAGUUGGAAGUCCAUUGUCAGUCAGGCACUGGAAUUCAAGAUUUUCCCAUGGACAUGGCCUGUGCUGCAAAGUUUAGUGAAGAUGAUGUCUGGUACAGAGCUAAAGUAACAGCAGCUUAUCCUGACACUGUAGAGGUUUUGUUUGUAGACUAUGGUAACACUGAGAAAGUCUCAAAGACAGAUGUUUGUGAACUGACAGAAGAAUUAAUACAAUUACCUCCUCAGGCAGUUGAGUGUGAGCUUGUUAAUGCAAGCAAAGCAAGUAAUCAGUUGACAGCAAAAUUUAAAGAAUUGAUUGGUGAGGAAGAGGUCCAAGCUACAGUUGUUGAUAUAUUGGACAACAGUGCUGUUGUAUGCCUGACUUUACCUUCUGGGAAGGACAUCGGUGAAGAAUUGGGUUUGACAGAACCAGGAUCAACCACACCAGUUCCUGUUAAACCAGCAAGCACAGUAUCAAAAUCAGGGUCAAAUGUUUUGUCUUAUCCCAAGACAGUGAUGCCAUGUGAGCCCACUAUGGUGUUUGUUACUCAGAUAAUUGAUGCAGGAGAGUUUUAUGUUCAGCAAGCUGACAAGGAAAAGCUGCUAAAUGACCUGAUGGCUGAUCUGUCAGACUUCUGUCAAUCUGCAGAAGCUGAACGUAUUUCAGCACCUCAAGUUGGACAAGCGUGUUGUGCUAAGUUUGCUGAUGAUGGUUGUUGGUACAGGGCUAAAAUUGUUGAAAUUACAGGGAAAAACUGUACUGUUGAAUUUGUAGACUAUGGGAACUCUGAAAAAACCACAAUUGAUGAAAUAAGGUCCAUAACAGAAAGAUUAGUUCAGGCAGCACCAUUUGUGCUAAAAUGUAGCCUUGAAGGUAUUGUUCCAGUCAAUGGUAAAUGGUGUGAGGAAUCUAUUAAGAAGUUUGAAGACUUGGCUGUAGGAAAAGAUUUACUUUGUGAAGUGGUUAAAGGAUCAGAGGUGAUAAUAAAAUGUGGAACUACUGAUAUAGCUGAAGCCUUAGUAGAUAGUGGACUAGCUAAGAUAGUUGAAGGAAGUGUUAGGGCAAUUGCUAAGAAACAAGUUAAACCUUUAGUAUACAAAAAGGAGACCUUCCCUGAACAGCCAGUAGACGUUUAUGUGAGUCAUGUAAACUCUCCUGGAGAUUUCUAUGUUCAACAAGUAGACCUUGAAGAAAAGCUUAAUCAGGUGAUGGAAAAGUUGGUGCAAUUUUACGAGUCUUCAGGAGAUGAUCUUAUGAUGGACUCUGUGUCAAACGGUCAAGCUGUAUGUGCUAAAUAUUCAGAAGAUGAAGCUUGGUAUAGAGCUGAAGUUACUUGUAUUGAAGGUGCUAAAAUUAAUGUUCUAUUUAUAGAUUAUGGAAAUAUGGAGGAAACUUCCCUAGCAAAUAUAAGAGAACUGAAAGAAGAGUUUAUGGCAGCAACACCAUUUGCUGUUAGAUGUCAAUUAUACAAAGUAAAACCAGAAGGAGAUUGGUCUGAGGAAUCCGGGGUUUUCUUUGAAACUCAAACAUCAGAGAAAGUACUUCAGUGUGAAUUUGUGGCUGGCAAUAAUGUUUGUUUGAAAUUGGAUGGUACAGAUGUAGUUGACAGCCUUGUAGAAAAAGGUUACUGUAGUAAAAUAACUGAACAGGUGUCUCCUAGUAAACAGAAAGGUCAGUUUACACCACAGUCAGUGCCAGCUGAUAGUGUGUCAUGCUAUGUGUCACAUGUAGAUGAGAGUGGAAGUUUAUAUGUACAACUUGCGUGUGAGGAAGAUACACUGAAUGCUGAGGUGGAGAAGGUACAAACUUUACAUUCUAACAAGCCACUAGACCUUGAAUCAGUAAAAAAAGGGGACUUGGUAUGUGUGAAAUUUUCCGAAGACGAAAGCUGGUACAGAGCUGUAGUGAUAAGUACCAGGGACAAUUUGGUUAAAGUUAGGUUUGUAGACUAUGGGAACUGUGAUGAUGUGCAGCAAGCAAGUGAUUUGAGAGCUUUACCGGAAGAUCAUCAGGUGACACCACCGCUUGCCUAUGCUUGCACCCUGCGUGGACUGAAGAAACUGAAGAGCAGUCAAAUAGAUUUACUGAAAGAUGUUACAGCGGACAAAGAGUUGACUGUCACAUUCAUUACAACUGCCCCAGAAUAUGAAAUUCAGUUAGAAGAUGAGAACCAACAAGACAUUGGUCAGCUGAUUGUCAAUACUGAUGAGAGUCAGCAAGGCGAGGUAACAGAAGAACAAACAGAAAACGAAGUUACUGACUCCAAAGGUGACAAUGUUUCAUCAAAUACAGAGGGUAAGGAUGUUCCAACUAACACAGAUGUUGAAAACAUUUCAAAAGACACAGAGGGUGAUGAUGUUACUAAAAAUAAAGAUGAUGAUAGUUCAACAAACAAAAUAGAUGAAAGUGUACCAACAGAGGGAGAUAAUGACAUUAUUUCAGAUGCUGACGAUGUUCCAGCAAACACAGAGGAUGACGUUGUUGUACCAGACAUUAACAUGGAUGCUAUUACUGACAAAGUAUGUGCUUUAAACAGUGAGACACUUACCAUUGGACAAAGACUAAAUGUGUUGGUUGGCCAUUCAGAGUCCCCAUCAAAAUUCUGGGUGCAUAAGGAGAGUGAAAACAACAAACUUGAUAGUUUACUCAAUACAAUGUUUGACUUUUAUAAUGUAUGUGAGGACGAGAGAUUAGCUGUAGAAUCUGUAGAAAAAGACAUGUUAGUUGCUGCAUUAUUUGACGAGGAUGAAUCCUGGUACCGAGCGCGUGUCGUAAGCUGUGAGAACAAGGAACAAGUGAAAGUUACAUUCAUCGACCAUGGAAACACUGAGGUGAUACCUAGAAAAUCUCUACGCAAACUUCCAACACAAUUUGCAAGUUUACCAAUACAGGGUAUAGAAUGUUGUCUUGGAGGUGUUGAACCAUGUGAGAAAGUUUGGAAUGAUGAAGUGAAGGAAGUAUUUGCAGAGCUCACAGCUGAUAAAGUACUGAUACUAGAUGUAGGAGAUGUUGAUGAGGAAGGUGUGUUCAAGGUUCAACUAUUAGAUAUGGGAAUGUCUGUAGGUGACCAGUUGAUACAGAGAAAUAUAGGUGUAAACAUGGCUACACCUGUGGCUGUGAGCACCAAAGUGAAGCAAGUGUUUACUCCAGAUACCAACGAUAAUGUCAUCACUAGACUGUAUUCUGCUAAAUCUUCUAAAACACUUGGACAGUACGGAUACUUGUUGAGAGAUUUGUGUGAAGAUGAUCCUACCAUAUCUACCCAUAAUGUGUUGGUUACAUCCAUCACCAGCCUAGAUGAGUUCUGGUGUCGCUUACAAGACAACUCGUAUGAGUUUUAUCAAGAUAAACUACAGGAGAGUUACAGUGAUAAUAGAGAACAACUUGUUGAUAUUUGUAAAGGUGUAAAAUGUGCUGUUUAUGUCAAUGAUAAAGACUACCUUAGAGGUACAGUUGUUGACGAGAGUGAUGAUGGAGUGAAUGUCAAACUUGUAGAUGUUGGAGACAAUGUCAUAGUGCCUCAAUCUAGUGUAUUUAAAUUAAAGUCUGAAUGUGAUACUUACCCGCAGCUAGCUUUCUGUUGCUCAUUCCCUGGGUUGAUUCCGAUAGAUUCUGAUACUCAAAAUGUGCAAAAGGUUUUUAAAGAUACGUUGCUAGAACUAAGUGAUCAAACAGAACUACCAGCUUCAGCUAAAGCCACUAUAGUUAUAGUGACAGAAACAGAUGGGAAAAUCCUUGUUGAAUUGACUAUUGAUAGAAAAGAUAUUGCCGAAUCUCUAGUUGGAAAAGGUGUAGCAGAGUUUGACAAGACUGUUGAUACAUCUGUGUUAGAUGAUCAAAUUGAUGUAUCAGAAAACUUUGGUGCAUUUAAGAAUGUCCAGUUAGAUGUAGAUACAGACUAUGAUUCAGUGUUGAUAGACAGUAGUGAUUUAAACAGAUUGGUAUUUCAUACUGUUGAUGGUAUAUCAGCUAUGAAGGAGAUAGAAAAGGCUAUAUCAGAAACUGUUGCUGAUGAUGACACAAGCGAAAAGGGAGAUAAUUUAACAGAAGGGCCAUGUCUUGCCAAAUGUGCUGUAGAUGGUAAAUGGAAGAGAGCAAAUAUUAGAAGCAGUUGUCAGAAAUCAGAAGGUGACGAAGUCUCCCGAACAUGCAAGGUGUUCCUUGUGGAUUAUGGUUCUACAUUUGAGCUACUCGCUACCAAUAUUCGACCAAUACCAGACACAUUGAUGAAAUUACCAGCACAAGCUGUUAUCUGUCACCUGGAUGAGAUAGAACCUAUUGAUGAAGAUUGGACUGAUGAAUGCUACGAAUUCAUAGCAGAGCAUUAUAUGGAUGAAGAUUCCAAACUGGUGUUGUAUGUAAACAACUACAGGAAAGGUCUUCAUGACGUCUUUGUUUCUUCAAGAGAUGAGGGUGAAAAAUCUAUAAACCAUAUGUUGAUAGAAUUAGGAAUGGCUGCACCUAUUAUUGGAUCACAGAUUGAAAUGUCUAUACUAGCUGACACAGCAGAGACAUCAUUUCAUGAGUUGUCAAUGACAAGGCAAGAUUCAUAUGGGGAUAGUUCAGAUUUAGGAGAAACAUCAUAUGAACCAGAUUCUUCAUAUCUUGCCGAGUCAUCAUUUGUCACAGAGAGAGAUACUUCCUGUAUCACUGAAUCUGAGAAUGAAACAUCGUGUUUGACGGAAGGUGAUACCUCACAGUUCACUGAGGGUGAUACCUCACAGUUCACCGAGGGCGAUACCUCACAGUUCACCGAGGGCGACACUUCUCAUUUUACCGAGGGCGAUACCUCACAGUUCACCGAGGGCGACACUUCUCAUUUUACCGAGGGCGAUACCUCACAGUUCACCGAGGGCGACACUUCGCAAUUUACUGAAGGUGAUACCUCCCAAUUCACUGAGGGCGAUACAUCUCAUUUCACUGAGGGUGAAACCACAGAUUCAUCAGUGCAUACUUUAGACGGAACUCAUUGGGUGUGUGAUGAGUGCUCUUCUAAAAAUUCUGCAGAAGACAGUAUGAUAGAAUGUCAAAAUUGUCACAAUAUAAAAAAAGAGAAUAAAUCUAUAGAUGUUAAAACAGAUAAAAUUGAAUGUCUUGAUGAUGUAAGCAAGGAGGUAAAAAAAGACCUUUUGCAAAGCAAUGCAGACAAUAUAGAGGAAAGCAGGUACUCUGCUAGUGAUACAGAUCCCAGGAGCACUGAAGAAAGUGAUAUUGAUCUAAGCUACAGACAGUUUGAAUAUAGUCCAACUGGUUACACUACGAGUGAGCUUGACACCACCGACCUAAAAGAUUAUGAUGAAAGCACUGACACUGCAGACUUCAAUACUACUGGGUUUUCUGAUUAUGACAAGACUGGGCUUGAAGGGGGAGGAGAGGAUCUUAGCUUUUAUGAAGGUGAAGAUUUGGAAUCCUGCAUAAGAUCAGAGACUGAAAAUAAUGACAAUGACAGUGAUAAUGUAGAUGAAGUUAAUCCAAAGAAACAAAUUGAGAACCUUGAAGAAAUAGAUAGUGAAAUUGGUAAAACAGAACUAGUUGUUGAAUCUGAUUUAAAAGAAGAUGAAUUACCAUUAUUUGUUCCCCAGCCUAGUGUUACCUUUCCUCAAAACAGUAUUUCAGAUCAAACAUUCCAAAGUGUAUCAGAUACCACUUACCCGAGUACAUUGACAAGUGUUUCUGAUUUCACAUUUACAAGUGCUUAUGAUACUAGUCAAACUGAUAGUGUGAUUUGUGAAAACUGUAAAGAAAAUAUUUCCUCGGCUCUUGACACCACUGGAUGUGAGUCUGAAUUUUCUUACCAUGUUUGUCUACUCUGUCAGCAGGAGAAAAAUACUAAAUACUCUGAUUCGGAAACAGUCAAUAGAGAUAAAGUAGUGGUAGAGUAUAUAGAGCAUGAUGAAAAUGUUCAGAAAAUGAUUGAGGUAGCUAAUGAAGUAUUUUCUGAAGAAAUUGGUAUGCUUGACAAUGAAGUUGACACUAAUGACUAUCAAAAUGUCCAUGCUGGUUUUAAAAAUGAAAAUAAGGACUUGAAUGAUAAUAGAAUUGUGUGUGAGGAAACUGACCAUGUUGUUGAAGGAGAAAGUAUCAAAUGUUCUAGCUUAGUUACACAUGGAAAUGGUGGAGAAAAGAAUGGUGCUGAUGCUCCCUUUCAGAUUGAAAAUAUUAUAACUUUCACCACUGAAGACAAGGAGAAAGUAUUGAAUGAUAUUAUGCUUGAUUCUAAUUGUUUGUCUCCAAACAUUACUGAUAAAGAUAAUGUUAAAAGAACAGAGGGAUUUCUUAUGGACGAUCAGAAUGUUGUGAAGACAAUACCAUUGGUUGAACCAGAUUUAAAUCAAAUUGAUAUUAAGGAAAGUGAACUUGAAUUAGUGAAAGAAGUUGAUACUGCUGAAUGUGAUCAUAAAGAGAAUAUAUUAGAAAAUAGGGAUGUUGAUCAUGAACAAAGUGACAAUGAAAAUCAGACAUGUCAAUUUGUUUCAAACAUAAAAAGUGAAGAUGAAAUGUUGCCUGCAAGUGAGGAAAUACCUACUGUAAUUAUUGAAAAUGAAGAAUUUGAUGAAAAUCUCUCUGACAAAACUUCAAAGGUAAAUGGCAUUGAUGAGGAAAUUUGUAUUAUUGUUGCAGAUCUUUGCAAUAAAAUAGUUUGUGAAGAAUCUAGUAUGUUCUGUGCUUCAACAUAUGAAGGUAAAGAGCAGCAGAGUGAAGGAGAACUUGAGGAGAAAAACAAAUUCUCAGUUAAUAAAGAGGAUGAAGAGAUUGAGAUGAAUUUGAUAAAGGAAACUCUGACAGAAUUAGCAACUGAAGGAAACAAUGAACAUUCAAGCAUACUUGAGGAAGAGGAGGAUUUGAAAAUAACAUAUACUUCGGGUACAUUUGAAUUUGAAAAUGGCAAAGAUUCAAAACGUGAUUUAACCGCUGACCAGGUUAUACCUGAAAUUAAUGUGCAUUAUUGCUCCUUGGAGUAUGGUAGCGAGUCUAAAAUAGUAUAUGAAGAGGGGAAUUUAUCAAGAAGUGAGGAUAUAGAUAAAGAGCAUGACUCCGAGAUUGAUCACGAAGAACAGUCACAAGAGAAGAGUGCACAUACUGUCGAAAAUUUAAUGGCAGCGAUUGAUAAUGUCUCAGAAAUAUUGAAAAAUAAUGACUUUGACAUUGUUGAUAAGGAGCAGUCAGUAGAGAGUACUGAGCAUGGCAAAGAAACUGUUGAUAAAGCACCUUCACUUGAGAAUAUUGACCAUGGCUCUAAAAUUGCUGAUAUAGAACAAUUGCUAGAGAAGACUGAGCAGAGCUCAGAAAUAGUUGUGAAAGAAGAAAGACUAGAAAAGACUGAGAAAGACUUGGAAGUUGUUUGUAAAGAACAGUCACCAGAGGAAACUAAGCUUGACUCUGAAAUAGUUAACAAAGAAAAGUCACUAGAGAAUUCUGAGCAUGACUCGGCAAUUAUUGAUAAACCACAGUCACCAGAGGAAACUGAUCAUGACUCUGCAAUUUUUAAUGAAGAGCAGUCACCAGAGACAACUAAAAAUGAUCUAGAAAUUCUGGAUAAGGAACAGUUACAGGACAAUGUUGAGCUUGUCUCGGAAAUAGUUGAUAAAGAACAAUCACCAGAGGAGAUUAAGCAUGACUCUGUAGUUGUCAGAGAGUCACCAGAGGAGACUGAGCAUGACUCAGAAAUUGUUGAUCAAGAACAUGUAGUAAAGGAGCCUGAGCAUGACCUUGAAAUUGUAAGUAAAGAACAGUCUGUAGGUAAAGAACAGAUGCCAGGGGAGACUGAGCUUGCCAUGGAAAUUGUUGAUAAAGAACAGGCACCAGGGGAGACUGAGUUUGUUAAUAAAGAACAGUCAUUAGAGAAGACUGAGAAUGACUCUGAAUUUGUUAAUUUGGAACAGUCUCCAGGUGAGUCUGAACUUGACUCAGAAAUUGUUUAUGAAGAACGGUCGCAAGAGAAGACUGAGCACGACUCAGAUAUUGUUGAUAAAGAACAGUCGCCAGGGGAGUCUGAGCUUGACGUAGAAAUUGUUAGUGAAGAACGGUCAACAGUGGAGACUAAGCAUGACUCAGAUAUUGUUGAUAAAGAACAGUCGCCAGGAGAGACAGAGCUUGACGUAGAAAUUGUAAGUGAAGAGCAGUCAACAGGAGAGACUGAGCACGACUCAGAUAUUGUUGAUAAAGAACAGUUGCCAGGAGAGACAGAGCUUGACGUGGAAAUUGUAAGUGAAAAACAGUCAACAGGGGAGACUGAGCAUGACUCAGAAAUUGUUGAUAAAGAACAGUUGCCAGGGGAGACUGAGCAUGACUCAGAUAUUGUUGAAAAAGAACAGUCACCAGGGGAGACUGAGCAUGACUCUGAAAUUGUAAGUAAAGAACAGUUGCCAGGGGAGACUGAGCUUGACGUAGAAAUUGUUGAUAAAGAACAGUCACCAGGGGAGACUGAGGAUGACUCAGAAAUUGUAAGUGAAGAACAGUCGCCAAGGGACACUGAGCAUGACUUGGAUAUUGUUAAUAAAAAACAGUUGCCAGGGGAGACUGAGCGUGACUUGGAAAUUAUUGAUAAAGAACAGUCGCAAGGGGACACUAUGCAUGACUCAGAAAUUGUUGUUAAAGAACAGUCGCAAGGGGACAUUGAGCAUGACUUUGAAAAUGUUAGUAAAGAACAGUCGCAAGGGAACACUGAGCAUGACUUGGAUAUUGUAAAUAAAGAACAGUCACCUGGGGAGACUGAGCUUGAAGUAGAAAAUGGUGAUAAAGAACAGUCGUCAGGGGAGACUGAGGAUGACGGAGAAGUUGUUUAUAAAGAACAGUCAUUGGAGGAAUCUGAGCACGACUCUGAAUUUGUAAAUAUCGAACAGUCAACAAGGGAGACUGAGCUUGACAUAGAAAAUGGUGAUAAAGAACAGUCGCCAGGGGAGACUGAGGAUGACGCGGAAAUUGUUGAUAAAGAACAGUCGCAAAGGAACAUUGAGCAUAGACUCUGA